ACAAUCCAUUGGAACAAGGCGCAUGGUAGUCACGCUACACUCUCAUUUCCAGUCGGUCUAUUCCUUUCAUCCUUCGAUUGUCAAGGCAAAGUAACGUCUGCAAGAGACCACUCUCCAUCCUCCGAUUUUCUCUCUUCAAAAACCCUAAAAGAUUGUCGUAAAACCUUGAUCGUAUCACAAACCUUAAGAAACCCAUUGCUUAGUUCCAAUCAAAAUGUCGAUUUUGGGUCGGAAUCGGUCACAGACCUUAUUCUACACUCCGCCGGCGAUGAGAAGCCACAAUCAGCAGCCGGAGUUCUGUCAAGAAGAGAAGCAAGUAAGCCCCCAAAAGGAAGACCAAUCGGAGUCUUUUCUGAAUAGUAACAGUAGCCAUAAUGUCGAGAUGUCCAAUUUGGAUCGGUUCAUGAAGAUGAGUACUCCGAUUGUCACUGCUCAGCAUUUCCCCAAGACUAGCAUAAAGGGAUGGAGAAACGAAGAACAUUACCAACCAUACUUCAUUCUUGAUGAUCUUUGGGAAACCUACACAGAAUGGAGUGCAUAUGGAGCUGGUGUUCCCCUUGUAUUAAAUGAAAAAGACUAUGUUGUUCAAUACUACACCCCUUAUAUAUCCGCUAUUCAACUAUACAUAGACCCAUCUCCACCUUUCACAAACUCAAGGAGGGCAGGUGAGCAAAGUGAUUCUGGUAGUAGUGAUGGGAGUUAUGAAGGAGGGGCAGCUGAAAAUAAUCCUGAUUCUGUUGCACAAAGUUUUAAUAAACUUAUGCUUGAUGAACAUGAAUUUAGAAGCCCACAUGGGCUUCUUGCUUAUGAAUUUUAUGAGAAGAUCUUACCUUUUCAUCGUAGGCCUUUGGUUGACAAGGUUUCGGAUCUUGCAAAAAUGUUUCCCGCGAUAAGAUCUUACCGCAGCUGUGAUUUGACUCCAUCGAGUUGGUUUUCUGUUGCAUGGUAUCCGAUAUAUAGAAUACCGCACGGGCCAUCUCUUCAUGAAGUUGAGAGUUGUUUCUUGACCUAUCAUUCUCUCUCAUCUCCCGUAAAAGGCAUGGAUGGAGAUAAUUCAAAUGAUGGGGGACAUGGACAUGGACAACUUUCAUUGCCAAUUUUUGGAUUUUCUGUUUACAAGUUCAGGAGUUGUGACUGGAUUCCAAAUGUUCAUGGAGUUGAAAAAGUCAACUCUCUCAUACAUUCAACUGACAAUUGGCUUCGCAUGUUGGGUGUAUUCCACCCUGAUUUCAUGCAUUUUAAAACCCGUGCUUUUUUACAGUGACAGCUGGCAGCCGGGUAAACUAGGUGUUAAAAGUUAAAAACAAAACAGAUAGAUGUUCACAUCAGGUAAAAACCUGACUUUUUUUUUUUUUUUAGGUUUUUAAAACUUUAAAAGGCUAGACUUUAGAGUCCAUUUUUUGGGCUUUUGGAUGAUACAUACAUAAUCCCAUAUAACUUGGUGGUUUUGUUGAAGGUAUAUGACUUUUUUUUUGGGGGGGGAUUUGAGAGCAGUAGUGAUGUAGUUACUUGUACUUUGUGCAGUAAAAAUUGUAAAUUGCUCUCUAGAAUGAUUUGAAACUUUUUGUAGGAUGUUUUUUUUUAUCUUAUGGUUUUUAUCUAAUUGCUGAAAUGCUACCCUUGUUACAUCA